AUGGCUGGCAAGAAAAAGGAAGCGAGCCUGCAGGUAUCCGUUACAAACCAAGAGCAAUGGGACGAGAUGCUCGCAGUUAAAGGGUUAACCGUGGUAGAUGUGUACCAGCGAUGGUGUGGUCCAUGCCGUGCUGUGGUCAGCCUCUUCCGCAAGAUAAAGAAUGAGCUAGGGGAUGACCUGUUGCAUUUUGCCACGGCAGAAGCAGACGCCAUUGAUGCCCUGGAUAGAUACAGGGGAAAGUGUGAGCCUACCUUUCUGUUCUAUGGAGGUGGGGAGCUUGUUGCUCUCUUGCGGGGGGCUAAUGCCCCACUCCUACAGAAGAUGGUGGUGGAGGAGCUGGCCAAGGAGAAGAUGGUUCUGGAACAAGGAGUGGAGCGCGGAGUGGUAAAAGAUGAAGGUCUGAGGGAGGAGGAAGAGGAGGAGGUCAAUGGCAAUGAGCAAAGUGAUGAAGAUGUACUCGUGCCUGCCAGCAAAUCGUACACAGUGGCAAUCAUAAAACCAGACGUAGUUGCACACGGCAAAGCAAACGAAAUCAUAAUGAAGAUUCAGGAGGCUGGUUUCGAGAUCCUUGCCCACGAGGAGCGAACGCUCAGCGAGUCAGAGGCUCAAGAUUUCUACCAGCACAAGGCUGCCGAGCCCUACUUUGAAGAGCUGAUCCAGUUCAUGUCCAGUGGGCCCUCCCAUGUGCUGGUGGUGUCGAAGCCGGAGGGAUCGGAUGAUGUCAUCCCGGCUUGGCGGGAGUUCAUUGGCCCAGCUGACAGUGAGGAGGCCAGAAGGGAAAGACCAGAGAGUUUGCGGGCCCAGUACGGCACAGAGACGCUAUUCAACGCCCUGCAUGGCAGUGAUGACAGGGACCAGGCCAGCAGAGAGCUGGCUUUCUUCUUCCCCAACUUCAGAACCACAUCCUCUUCAGCCACCGCUGAGACAGAAGGCCUUAUAGAGAGGACACUGGCCAUCAUUCGACCUGAUGUAGCCAGAGACAACAGAGACGAGAUCCUGUCUCGAAUUCAGGAGGCUGGUUUCACAGUCGCACUGCAGAAGGAGGUGAUGCUGUCAGAGGAGCAGGUGAGGCAGUUCUACAGCCAGCACCUGGAGGAGGACUACUUCCCCGCACUUCUCCGAAGCAUGACCAGUGGGCCUGUACUGGCCCUUGCUCUAGCCCGAACAGGAGCUGUACAGCACUGGAGGGACAUUCUGGGCCCCAAGGACGUCACUAGGGCCAAAGAGGAGGAGCCUGACAGCCUGCGAGCGCAGUUUGCGAUGGAGAACGAUCCCAUCAACCAGCUCCACGGCAGCAGCAGCAGGGAGGAAGCGGAGCGGGAGAUAGAGUUCUUCUUCCCGAAGGAGGAGACCCUGGCUGUCAUCAAACCCGAUGCCCUGCAGCACCACAGAGAGGAGAUCCUGGAGCAGAUAGAGAAGGGUGGCUUCACUGUCUCACAGAUGAAAGAGACCGUCCUGUCCAGGGACAUGGCUGAGGAGUUCUACAAGGAGCACCGAGAGAAGCCCUUCUUCAGCCAGCUGGUGGACUACAUGUGCAGCGGCCCCUGCAUGAUGCUGGUCCUGUCCAAGGAGAACGCCGUGGAGGAGUGGAGAGCCAUGAUGGGCCCCACUGACCCCGCAGAAGCCAGGGAGAUGGUGCCGGAGUCCCUGCGGGCCCGUUUCGCCACGGACAUCCUCCAGAACUGCCUCCACGGCUCCUCCAACCGGCAGCACGCCAGCGAGAAGAUCCACUUUAUUUUCGGGGACAUCGCCUCGGAGGGGGACGUGGCCAGCGUGGGUGCCCCCCUGCAAGGCCGGGAGCCAGAGCUGGACAGGGUUGACCACUUGGAGAGCGCCCUAAUCAACGGACAAGGUGUGGAUAGAGUCAAUGAAGACCCAGAGAGCACAGAACAGUCCAGGCCUGGCACCAGGGAGGGUCCCUCAGCAGGAGGGGAGCAGGGAGGUGCAGAGACAAGCAGCCAAAAGGACCAAGCUGAAACAGCCAUGGAUUUGGAGCCUGGGAAGGACACCACGUCCCCAUCACAGGAGGUCACCCUGACCCCUGAGCACGGCGAUGCACCCCCACCUCCACAGCCAGAGGACAAAGCUGAGUCAUGCGAUGAAAUGCGCAGCAACACGCGAAGCCCUGACGGGGGAGGACAGCCUACGCCUGACCUCAGCAGGACAGAGCCGCAGGCUGUGGAACCACAGGAACCCUCGAGCUAAAAUUCGGGCAAAGGACUUUAUGCACCUUGACCCGAUGGAACUUCCGCGGUCUGCUCUGAAAAGUUCUUUGGAACAUGGAU